CUUAAUCUUAAACUAUCAAUACCGCAUUUCACAAAAAUAAAAUACUUUUUCUAAUUUCUAGUACAUUUCUCUAUUUCACCUUUACACUUUUAAAUCUAAAUUAUAAUGUGCUAUUAAAUAAAAUUACAUACAAAUCUGCAACAUGGAUAAAGAGCUUAAUUGCAUCCACCGCAUCAAAAGUAAUGAGCACAAUACUUUGUCCAAAUUAAUAAAAGAUCUAUUUGAGGUAUUCCCAGAUUUUCAAGAUAAUACUUUGGAAUCAAUUUCUUCAACAUUGGUAGACUUGACGUUUUUGGAAGAAAUAAAAAAGUUGACUGAAAACGUUAACAUCGCAUUUGGGAAAACGCUUAGGGAUAUAAAAUGUACUGUGAAUGAUAGUGAUUUCAGAAAACACGAGAUUUAUUUGAGGUAUGACGGUGCUAAAAAGUUACGAAUAAUUUCAGUGGAUCUUCCUAGUAGUAUAUUCAAGGAGCAAAUUUAUAACACAAUUGAAGAUGUUAUUACAGCCUUUUUAAAGCAUACAAGUAAUUUGCAAAACUAUUUCAAUGAAUUAGAAAAUAUAGAUCAACAUUGUGUUGUUAUGGAGCCCAUUAAACCAUUAUUCAAGGAUGAUUAUAGAAAUAUACGAAUUGAUGACAAAACUUGGCUACAUGUUGAAGUUACACCAGAUGGUUCGGCAACAAAUGUACAUUUGCUUGGCCAGUCUGAAAUGUGGCAAGACAAGUUACAAAAAGGUUUAUUGACAUGGGACCAAGAUAAGAAUAUUGUUGAAAACAUAUUUGCAAUAUUUGAUAUCAACAAUCAAUCAGGAUCACCUAACUCGUUACCAGCAGAUCCUGGUAAACAAGGUUUAGAAGAUGCAACUGGUCCUAUAUGCGGAAUAUGCUUUUGUACCCAACUACCAGAUUACCCAGGACUGCCACAACCUUUAUGUCAGAAUAUGAACUGUGAUGUGUACUUUCACAAAAAUUGUUUAUUCCAGUGGCUUGUUGCAUGUGAAGGAGGUCGUCCACCGGCAUUCGGCGUGAUAAACGGAAGCUGUCCAACUUGUCUGCAACCAAUAUCAUGCAGUGAAAAAGACUGUUAAAUAUGAAAUAAUUUUUAAAUAAAUACUUAAACCAAAACUUAA